AUGCCGAAGCCCAACGUACUCCCCAUUGCUCGCAAGCUGAUGAGAUGGAGGCCUGAUGUCGACGUUCAAGAUUUUGCGCGGCUUCGAGUGACAAGCAUUGCAGCAGCCUCGGCGACGCAGACCUUCAAAGAGCUCUCACUCUUGGAGAGGCCUUCCUGGAUGGCAAGGAAGCUGGCAUUUGUAACCCGACGUGAUGGCUGUGAUUAUUCCCUCGAGCAACUGAUGCAGAACACCAGGUGGCUGAAAAAGCGGAAGCUCAAGGCAUAUGAUAUAUUCGGGUAUGCGUACCACUACCGCGAGACAUGCUCUCACUUUGAUGGUUGGGCCGAGUAUCUGCGUUUACCGGUAUCCUGGCGCUUGAGCCACGAGGAAGCCCCGGCAAGCGCAUGA